UGCCGCUCGGUGCCCCCCGGUGCCGCCCGGUGCCGCUCCGCCGGCCCGGCCCAGCCCCGCAGCCGCCCCCAUGGCGCUGGAACAGGCGCAGGGCGACGGCCCCGACCCGCCGCGCCUCUGCGAGCCCGGCCCCGCCGCGCCGCCGGGCAGCGGGAGCCCGCUCUCCGCCCCGGAGAGCCCCAGCGAGCCCGGGCCCGGCGGGGACGCGGAGCCCGCGGCCGCCCCCGGCCCCGGCGGCGAUGCGGAGCCCGGGCCCGGCGGUGCGGAGGCCGCGGGACAGAGCGGAGCGGCGGCCGAGGAGCCCGACGAGGAGGCGGCCCCGGCCAGGCCAUCGCAGAACAUCGCGGUGCAGACCGACUUCAAGGCGGCUGAUGCAGAUGUGAACACAGACCAAGACAUUGAGAAGAACCUGGACAAGAUGAUGUCCGAGAGGGCCUUGCUGAAGGAGCGCUAUCAAGAGGUGUUGGACAAACAGAGGCAGGUGGAGAAUCAGCUGCAGGUCCAGCUUAAACAGCUCCAGCAGCGGCGGGAAGAGGAGAUGAAAAACCACCAGGAGAUCCUGAAAGCCAUUCAGGAUGUUACGAUCAAGCGAGAGGAGACUAAGAAGAAGAUGGAGAAAGAAAAGAAAGAAUUCUUGCAGAAAGAGCAGGAUCUCAAAGCUGAAAUUGAGAAACUCUGUGAGAAAGGCAGAAGGUUGCUGAAGGAGCAGGAGGAGAAGGAAAACAAGAUUGCCUCUCUGAUUGCAGAGCAGUCUGAUGAGAAGCAGCUGUGGGAGAUGGAGCUGGACAAGCUGAAGAACCAGCACAAUGAAAUCAACAGGAACAUUCUCGAGGAGACAGAGCGGGCCUGGAAGGCAGAGAUCCUGUCCCUGGAGAGCCGGAAGGAGCUGCUGGUGUUGAAACUAGAAGAAGCAGAAAAAGAAGCAGAGCUACACCUCACCUACCUCAACUGUGCUUGCAGGUCUGCACCGCCCACGCUGGAGACCAUGAGGCCAAAGCAGGAGUGGGAGAUGAGGCUCAACAGGAUACGUAUGACCAAGCAGAGUGUCCGAGAUCAGUUCAAUGACCACAUCCAGAUGGUGAGGAAUGGCACAAAGCUGAGCAGCCUCCCCCAGAUCCCAACACCAACGCUGCCUCCUCCACCUUCAGAAACAGAUUUCAUGCUGACGGCAUUCCAGCCCAGCCCCUCCCUGACCCCCCGGCUGCCCUUCCCCAUCGGGCCCGUGCCCGUCCCCAUGGUCAUGCCCAGCGCCGAUCCCCGGGCUCUGUCCUUCCCCCUGCUGAACCCCGCCAUGUCCAGGCCCAACCAGCCCUCCCCACCCCUGCCCGCCUCCCAGGGCAGGAGCAGCCCGGUGGUGGCAUCGCUGCUGGGCACCCACAGCCCCCACAUGGCGCCCGCUGCCCCCAUCCCUCCUCCGCCCGGCCUGGGCGGUGCCCCCGAGUUCCCCCGGGCCCAGCCGGCCGACAAGCUGGAGAAGCUGCUGGAGAAGCUGCUCACCCGCUUCCCUCAGUGCAACAAGGCCCAGCUGACCAACAUCCUGCAGCAGAUCAAGACUGCCCGCAGGACCAUGGCCGGCCUGACCAUGGAGGAGCUGAACCAGCUGGUGGCAGCCAAGCUGGCAGAGCAGCAGGAGCGGGCAGCGGCCGGUGCUCAGCCUCUGGGCCGGAUCAGGGCUCCCAUGUUCUCUGCUCCCCUGCCUCAGAUCAGCACGCCCAUGUUCCUGCCCCCGGCCCAGGUCGCCUACCCAGGAACGGCGUCACACACCCCAGCUGCCUGUAAGCUGUGUCUGAUGUGCCAGAAGCUCGUGCAGCCCGGUGACCUUCACCCCAUGGCCUGCUCACACGUGCUGCACAAGGAGUGCAUCAAAUUCUGGGCACAAACCAACACGAAUGACACUUGCCCCUUUUGCCCAAGCCUCAAAUGACGGCUGCUGGGACAGCGUGGGCCCCUGGGAGGAGUUGCUGUGAAUAGACAGGAUCAGUUCUAAGAUUUCUACAGUUCUAUAUUUAUACGAUCAUGUAUACACAUGUACAUUUUUAUUAUAUAGGUAAUGUGUGUAUAGAAAGUCUGUAAACAUACAAAUUCAUAAAUAAAGUGUGUAUAUUAUGCAGUGA